ACUGAGAUUCCUAUAGGCAAGAACUACAACAAGUUGAAGAACAUCCUGAGAGACCUCAACCUGCACGGUGUGAGGAGGCCAGGUGUCCCAACAUUGAGAGUGUUGGGGGAGGAGGGGAACAUGUUAAUGGGGGACACAUGUACCCGUGGCUGUAGGUUCUGUUCUGUGAAGACAGCCCGUCAGCCCUCUCCCCUGGACCCAGAUGAGCCCUAUAACACAGCCAAGGCCAUCGCUGCCUGGGGGCUGGACUAUGUGGUUCUGACCUCUGUGGACAGAGACGAUAUCGCUGACGGGGGGGCGGAGCAUUUUGCCAAGACCGUCUCCAACCUGAAGGAGAGGAAGUCCCAGAUCAUGGUGGAAUGUCUGACCCCUGAUUUCAGAGGAGACCUGGCAGCGGUGGAGAAGAUCGUCAAUCAGGGCUGGACUUUCGCCCACAAUGUGGAGACCGUCCGCGAGCUGCAGAGACACGUCCGUGAUCCGCGGGCGAACAUCGACCAAUCCCUGAAUGUCCUGCGUCACGCCAAGGCCGUCAAACCAGACAUUCUCACCAAGACCUCCAUCAUGUUGGGUCUCGGAGAGACGGACCGGCAGAUCUAUAACACACUGACCGAGCUGAGAGAGGCAGGAGUGGAUUGUCUAACACUGGGACAGUACAUGCAGCCCACCAAACGCCACCUCAAGGUAGAGGAGUAUGUGACUCCUGAGAGGUUUGUCCACUGGGAGGAGGUGGGGAAGGAGAUGGGAUUCGUCUACACAGCCAGCGGACCCUUAGUGCGCUCCUCAUACAAAGCAGGUGAGACACACAGAGACACGGAGACACACACAGAGACAGAGACACACACAGAGACACGGAGACCCAGACACAGAGACACGGAGACCCAGACACAGAGACACAGAGACCCAGACAGAGACACGGAGACCCAGACAGACACGGAGACCCAGACAGAGACACGGAGACCCAGACAGAGACACGGAGACCCAGACAGAGACACGGAGACCCAGACAGAGACACGGAGACCCAGACAGAGACACGGAGACCCAGACAGAGACACGGAGACCCGGAGACCGACACAGAGACACGGAGACCCAGACAGAGACACGGAGACCCAGACAGAGACACGGAGACCCAGACAGAGACACGGAGACCCAGACAGAGACACGGAGACCCAGACAGAGACACGGAGACCCAGACAGAGACACGGAGACCCAGACAGACACGGAGACCCAGACAGAGACACGGAGACCCAGACAGACACGGAGACCCAGACAGACACGGAGACCCAGACAGACACGGAGACCCAGACAGACACGGAGACCCAGACAGACACGGAGACCCGGAGACCCAGACAGACACGGAGACCCAGACAGAGACACGGAGACCCAGACAGAGACACGGAGACCCAGACAGAGACACGGAGACCCAGACAGACACGGAGACCCAGACAGACACGGAGACCCAGACAGACACGGAGACCCAGACAGACACGGAGACCCAGACAGAGACACGGAGACCCAGACAGAGACACGGAGACCCAGACACAGAGACACGGAGACCCAGACACAGAGACACGGAGACCCAGACACAGAGACACGGAGACCCAGACACAGAGACACGGAGACCCAGACACAGAGACACGGAGACCCAGACACGGAGACCCAGACACAGAGACCCAGACACAGAGACACGGAGACCCAGACACAGAGACACGGAGACCCAGACACAGAGACACGGAGACCCAGACACAGAGACACGGAGACCCACAGACAGACACGGAGACCCAGACAGACACAGAGACACUGAGACACAGAGACACGAAGACCCAGACAGACACAGAGACACGGAGACCCAGACAGACACGGAGACCCAGACAGACACGGAGACCCAGACAGACACGGAGACCCAGACAGACACUGAGACACGGAGACACUGAGACACGGAGACCCAGACAGACACGGAGACCCAGACAGACACGGAGACCCAGACAGAGACACGGAGACCCAGACAGAGACACGGAGACCCAGACAGAGACACGGAGACCCAGACAGAGACACGGAGACCCAGACAGAGACACGGAGACCCAGACAGAGACACGGAGACCCAGACAGAGACACGGAGACCCAGACAGAGACACGGAGACCCAGACAGAGACACGGAGACCCAGACAGAGACACGGAGACCCAGACAGAGACACGGAGACCCAGACAGAGACACGGAGACCCAGACAGAACACGGAGACCCAGACAGACACGGAGACCCAGACAGACACGGAGACCCAGACAGACACGGAGACCCAGACAGACACGGAGACACGGAGACCCAGACAGACACGGAGACCCAGACAGACACUGAGACCCACAGAGACACAGAGACCCACACAGAGACACAGAGACCCACACAGAGACCCAGACAGACACGGAGACCCAGACAGACACGGAGACCCAGACAGACACGGAGACCCAGACAGACACGGAGACCCAGACACGGAGACCCAGACAGACACGGAGACCCAGACAGACACGGAGACCCAGACAGACACGGAGACCCAGACAGACACGGAGACCCAGACAGACACGGAGACCCAGACAGACACGGAGACCCAGACAGACACUGAGACCCACACAGAGACCCAGACAGACACAGAGACCCACACAGACACUGAGACCCACACGGAGACCCAGACAGACACGGAGACAUUCUCCCCUCUCAUUCUCCCCUCUCAUUCUCCACCCCUCUCAUUCUCCACUCCUCUCAUUCUCCACCCCUCUCAUUCUCCACUCCUCUCAUUCUCCACCCCUCUCAUUCUCCACCCCUCUCAUUCUCCUCCCCUCUCAUUCUCCACCCCUCUCAUUCUCCACUCCUCUCAUUCUCCACCCCUCUCCACUCCUCUCCUCUCAUUCUCCACCCCUCUCAUUCUCCACUCCUCUCAUUCUCCACUCCUCUCAUUCUCCUCCCCUCUCAUUCUCCACUCCUCUCAUUCUCCUCCCCUCUCAUUCUCCACCCCUCUCAUUCUCCACCCCUCUCAUUCUCCACCCCUCUCAUUCUCCACUCCUCUCAUUCUCCACCCCUCUCCACUCCUCUCCUCUCAUUCUCCACCCCUCUCAUUCUCCACCCCUCUCAUUCUCCACUCCUCUCAUUCUCCACUCCUCUCAUUCUCCUCCCCUCUCAUUCUCCACUCCUCUCAUUCUCCUCCCCUCUCAUUCUCCACCCCUCUCAUUCUCCACCCCUCUCAUUCUCCACCCCUCUCAUUCUCCACCCCUCUCAUUCUCCUCCCCUCUCAUUCUCCACUCCUCUCAUUCUCCACCCCUCUCAUUCUCCACCCCUCUCAUUCUCCUCUCCUCUCAUUCUCCACCCCUCUCAUUCUCCACCCCUCUCAUUCUCCACCCCUCUCAUUCUCCACCCUCUCAUUCUCCUCCCCUCUCAUUCUCCACUCCUCUCAUUCUCCACCCCUCUCAUUCUCCUCUCCUCUCAUUCUCCACUCCUCUCAUUCUCCACUCCUCUCAUUCUCCUCCCCUCUCAUUCUCCUCCCCUCUCAUU